AUGGGUGUUUGCUGUGUUAAAUCUCAAGGAUGCGAUGAUUGCUUGCGUUCUCAAGCAAUCAUGCAUUCCACAAGAAUAGAAAACGUUAAGAAAUUAUACAAAUUCGGGAAAACAAUAGGCCAUGGGAGCUUUGGAGAAGUUAGGACAGCUGUUAGAAAAGGUUGCCCUCGCUUAACAGUUGCUAUUAAAAGCAUCUCAAAAGAAAUAAUCAAAGGCCAAAUUAAUUUGCUAACUCCCCCCCUUUAUGAGCGAGCAAAGGAAUUGGGAAAAAUCCCUAAAUUUUGAGUAAAAACCAUCCUCCAUAGUGAACAAAAAAUUGUUUUAAUAUGCAAUUUUUUAUGAAAAAAUAUAUUGAUAUAUAAGUGAUAAUUGUAUAAUGCACACUAUAGCUAAUUAAUAUUUGCUAAUUUUUGCGAAUUGGGAUUUAUUUAAAUUUAUAAAAAAAAAAUUGAUGUAAAAAAUUUAUAUAAAUAUAAAAAAAUAUUAACUCCCUCUUAAACGAACAAAAUUUUUAGUUCGGUCAGUGAGGGGGAGUAAGAACAGAAGUCGAAAGUCUGCUUACAGUUGAUCAUCCAAAUAUUAUUAGGCUUUAUAAUGUAUAUGAAGAUGGCAAUUCUAUUCAUUUAAUUCUAGAGUAUUGCAAAGGUGGUGAUCUAUUCACAAAAAUAACACAGCAAGGCCAUUUAUCUGAAUGCGAAGCUAGAAGACUAAUGAAAAAGAUGCUGAUGUCGGUGGCUCAUCUCCACAGUAAUAAUAUUGUGCAUCGAGAUCUGAAACCCCAACAUUUUUUGUUUGAAAAUCCUGAUGAUCUUUCUGAGCUAAAACUAAUCGAUUUUGGCUUAUCACACAAAUUUGUAAAGUAUGCAGACCAAAUGCAUAGCUCAGUCGGGACGCUUUAUUAUACCGCUCCUGAAGUGCUAUCUGGGAGUUAUUCUAAUAAAUGCGAUUUAUGAAGCUUAGGAGUGAUUUUAUAUGCUAUGCUCUCUGGAGAUCUCCCUUUUUAUGGAAGUAUUUCAUGCAUUAUGAAAAAUAUUAACAGCGGAAUCUUCAGCAUGGAUGGAGAAAUUUGGAGUAAAGUGUCACAAAAUGCAAAAGAUCUUAUAAGAGGCUUAAUUUGUAAAGACGAAAAUCAAAGGCUUAAUGCAGAAGAUGCGCUAAAACAGCCAUGAUUUGAAAUGAUACCGAAAGAAUCGCCAAAGUUUGAUAAGUGUUUAUUGAAUUCUUUGAAAGAAUAUAGAAAAUCAAAUUUAUUUCAAAAAGAAGCUAUGAAUAUUUUGGCAAAACAUUUACCGGAAAAAGAGAUAUGGACUUUGAAAAAUGCGUUUUUUUAUCUUUAGAUACUGAUACACAUAAAAUGGCGUGUGGCGAUUACUUAUUUAUAUCCGGAAAUGGGUUUUUGGAACUAGAAGCUGCCUGUUGAGGACCUUGGAGUAAGGGAUUUAAGCACGGACCUGCUAUUUCGUGAUUAAUCAAAUGCAAAGUUGCUUGUGACUUCUUUUUGACAACACAGCACCCAAACCAGUGAUCAAAUGAGAUGGAGAGGGUGAAUAACCUGCCCAAUCUGUUAUGGUGGUUUGCCCCGAAUUGUUGAAACAGUUGAGUAUUUUAAGGGAUGACCUCAAAAGGGGGUCUCUCCAGUUAAAGGGUUCAUGGCUAGAGGAGAGAUUCUUGUAAGGAGUGAUGGGUGGGGUAAAAUACUUCUGGUGAAAAAAUAGCAGUUCUUAACAAAGGUCUUAACCCAAAAAGUAAAUGCCACUACCAAGAAAUCAGGUGCAUGCUUCAGCUUAGAGUUGCCAGAGGUGGAAGCAUCUAAUUCACUUGUGCCACUGGUAGGCUACUUCAAAGCCUAACAGAAUGCCACUUGUGGAAGACAUCAUCUAAAGAUCCGCACUCAACUAACUGACUAUCUUUAGAUGCUGAAGGGAUUGGAUCAAUUGCAGCUGAAAAUUUGACAAGGCGGUUGAGUUCAAUUGAAAAUGAUCUCUCAAAGCCAGAAGCAGCUGAAAUUACAAUAGCGAUAGACAGAAGAAACAGUGGAAGAAUUUUCUAUUCAGAUUUCUUAGCAGCAGCUUUAUUUACAAGCAAAAUCUACGAAGAGCAAUUCAUAGAAAUCGCGUUUAAAUUUUUCGAUACAGAGCAAAAUGGAUAUCUAACCAGGGACAAUUUUGAGCAAACCUUGAUGAACUUAGGAAAAGACAUAAAUCUUGAUGAGCAUCAAGAAUUAACAAAAAUUUUUAAAAAUUCGAAUGAAAAAAUGGGUGCAGGUUCAAUGAUAGUGUACACUUCACCGAAGUACUUUUGAUCGAAAAUUGUUUGAAACUUUUUGAUAGCGAAACUUUUGACCAGAAAACGUUAAAUUUAGGCCAAAUGUCACACUAUUUAAAAAUUUUCAACAAAAAUGUAUUUCGAUGAAAUGUACAUUAUCAAAAAUCCACUGCGAUUUGGCAUGGAGCCGAAAAAAUUACUUUCCAAGAAUUCAGAAAUAUGCUACUAAGUCCAAUAUAUAAAGAAUAA